AUGGCAGCGGAAACGAACGGUCGUACCACCCACAGCCUUUCGCCCACCGAGAAGGCUCACGAGCCACUCUCUUCUGAUCGUCCAGGCAUUCGCAUUUUCUUGCAGCCUCUCGCUCCGCCAGCUGCCCUUGGGUUAGCCGGGUUCGCAGGCUCAACAUGGAUUACAUCAGCCUACAUCGCCGACUGGUUUGGUAACCCAGAAUCUCCGACCAUCUUCUUCCCAUUCAUCGGCAUGUUCGGCGGUGUCGCGCAGUUCGUGGCCGGCAUCUAUGGGCUCAACGCUAGAGACACACUGGUUUCUGUCAUCAACACGAUGUGGGGCUCCUUCUGGAUCGCUAUCGGGAUCUUGUACGCCUUUGUCGCUGCCGGCGCGCUGGAGCCUCAUUCAGUCCACACACACUUCCCCGAGCUCGCCUCAUGGUUCGUGGUACUGUCAGUCUUCACCUGGUCCGGUGCUCUAGCAUCGACGGCAAGGGACCUCGUUCUGUGCAUCUGCCUCUUCAGCCUCGCCAUCGGAAGCACCAUCGCCUGCUGCCUCUUUGCCUACAACGGCGGGCAGAGCAGCGAGAGUGGUUCCGGCGACGGUCUGGAAGGCGGCGUGACGAACGGCAUCAAAGCAGCGGCCUACUUCUGGAUGUUGUCGUCGUUGGCAGCUUGGUGGCGCGUGACCGUCUACCUGGUCGAGGAAGCCUAUGGACCGAAUCACUUUAUUACGAAGUUCUUCCCGAUUGUUCGGCUGCCGACGGAGAAGAAGGCGCCGUACGUUAUUCCAGGCUGGGGAGAGCCUGGCGUCAAGAGAGGCGUGCCGAAGCUGUGGCCGGCGAACGAGCACCUUGUCGGUGUUGGAGAGUAG